AUGGCCGCAGCAGAUGUUUCGAAGAAAGUGUUGCAGUUAAAACAACAAUUAAAAGAAUCGUCUGAAUCUAAGACGAUUCUGAAAAUCUUGAAGAGGCUGCAGGGGAUAGACAUAACCCUUGAUAUCCUUGCAGAAACAGGGAUUGGGAAAGCAGUCAAUGCUUUUCGAAAACAUGGCAAUGCUGGAGAAGUGGCUAAAUCAUUAGUUAGUCAAUGGAAAAAGUUAAUUCCCAAAGAAUCCACCAGUGAAGGGAAAAAAACAAAGGUGCUUAAAAUAACAAAGAAACCAUGUGGGAGUAAUGAUGAGAACCAACAGAGUGAGGAUGAGUUGGAAAAACCUGCAAUGUCUUUUGAGUCCUACCUGAGCUAUGACCUGAAAGCACCCAAGAGAAAAAAUAAGUCUUAUGAUGAUAAGAGAACUGCUAAGAAACUCAGAGUUAAUGGUGAAAGAACAGAGCCUCCAGGUAAGGCCACCAAUGGAAAGACCAGCACAGAAGAACCUCUGAAAAAGGUUUCAACGGGGUCAGUAAUGGAUUUGCUUAAUGUUCCAUUGCCAACUUUCCUUCCUGAGUGUGAAGAUCUUAACAAUUUCCCUUACAUUAAGAAAAAACCUGAAGAUGUGGUCCCUGUUGUUUGUGAGGAAGCCCCGAUCUUCACAGGCCAGAGGCUGAAUAGGAAGAUGCAGGUCUAUUCUGGGCCAAAGACAACUUUCCUCCCAACAAUGAUGAGCCUGCACCAGCAGUGCCUCCGUGCAAUCCGGAACAACAUUGACUUGCUCUAUGAGAUUGGAGGGGUACCGUUCGAAAUCCUAGAGCCGGUAUUGGAGCGCUGCACCCCUGAACAGCUGCUCCGGAUAGAAGAAUGCAACUCGGUGUACAUCGAGGAGACUGACCACCUGUGGAAGACGCACUGUCAGCGGGACUUCAAGAACGGGCGACUGGAGGAGUAUGAGUCCUUCAGGGAGAUGUACCUCCGGCUCUCCGAGGAGAGAGAGAGCAAACUGAAGAGACUGACAGAGAGCAUCGUUUCUGCUCACUCCGGAAAGCCGAAAGGCCGCCAGGUGAAGUUGACAUUCAUUAACACAGCUGUAAAGCCCCCCAGGCAUGUUCGUAUCCAGCAGGAGAUCCAUGGCACUGCAGGCUCUGUGUUGCAGUCCAACCUGUUGAACCCUCCCAGUGUCAAACCCCUGGCUACCGGAGCAAGGCCCAGCUGCAGUGGGACCACAAGCAGCACCAGCCAAGCACAGGACCCCAAGAAAAUGAGGAGAGUGGCCCCCAUGAUGGCGAAGUCCCUGAAGGCCUUUAAAAAGCAGCUGGGCCGCAGAUGA